UCAUGACAUGGGCAUGGCAGCACCACCGCCAUCCACCAUGGUGAUGAUGAAGCGCCGCCAUUUCAUGCACAUGACAUUCUUCUGGGGAACAAAGUCUGAGGUUCUGUUCGACCAAUGGCCCGGGGACAGCCGUGGCAUGUACGCGCUCGCUCUGCUCUUUGUUUUCGUCAUGUCCUUCCUCGUGGAGUGGCUGUCCCACACCCGCUUUAUGAAACCCGGUUCCAACAAGCUCAGCGCCGGUUUGUGUCAGACCGUGUUACACCUCCUUAGAGUUGGUUUGGCAUACCUCGUUAUGCUUGCUCUCAUGUCGUUCAACGCCGGUGUCUUCUUGAUGGCUGUGUUGGGUCACGCUCUCGGCUUCUUCUUCUUUGGUAGCAGGGCUUUCGCUAAACCACACAACGAUAAGAGAUAUGAUGAUCUUCCGCCAAUGUCUUGUUGA